AUGCCUAUCACUGAAAUCACUAGCAAAGCCGACUUCCUAGAGAAGAUCCUUGGCUCUGACGAUGCCGCCAUCCUCGAUUGCUACGCCGACUGGUGCCCAGCCUGCAAAGCCAUCGCACCCAAAUACGAAGAAUUGAGCGAUACCUACAACCAAGUCAAAUUCUACAAGGUGGAUAUCGACAAGGUUGAGGACGUCGCACUGGAGCUAGGUGUACGGGCUAAGCCUACAUUCAUGCUAUUCAAGGACGGAGGAAAGAUCACUGAGGUUGUUGGCGCUCAUUUGCCAGCCAUUGAGCAAGGGAUCAAAACUCAUCUUCUCUAA